CAGAAGAUCCAGGUUUUGCAUCAAGGAUCGAGCGGCACCAUGGCGAACCCGUUGAUGGCGUUUGCCCUGAUCAAGAGAUUGCAGUCGGACUGGAGGAACGUGGUUUACAGCCUGGAAGGAAGUGAGAAUAUUCAAGCCCUGAAGGUCAGCUAUCACCGCUUAGAAGACCGUCUACCUCUCUUUGAGGAUCUCGAAGGAGCAGCCAGGGCCCUCAUGCGCCUUCAGGACGUCUACGCUCUGAGCGUCAAAGAGUUGGCCAGAGGCCGAUUUCAGACGACCAGCGGGGCCCAUCCUGACCUCUACCGUCCCAGCCAGGAUUUUGCCUUGUCUGCCGAUGACUGUUUCCACAUCGGGAAGGUGGCUUAUGACAAGGAGGAUUAUUACCACUCCAUCCCGUGGAUGGAGGAAGCUGUCCGGCUCUUCCGGAUCUCCUACGGGAACUGGAACACGGAAGAUGAGGGGAGCCUGGAAGAGGCCCUGGACCAUUUGGCCUUCUCCUACUUCAUGGCAGGAAACAUUUCUCACGCCUUAAAGCUAUCCCAGGAAUUUCUUCACUACGAUCCAGGCAACGAGCGGAUGGAGAGGAACGUCCUGAAGUAUGAGAAGCUUUUGAGGAAGGAUCGGGAGGAGGGGAAAGGAAAAAUCACACUACAGAGGCCCAACGUGACCCACCUGGAGACGCGAGAUGCAUAUGAGGAGCUCUGCCAGAGGCUGGGGUCUCAGCCAUCCCACCGUCGGCUCUCCUGCUCCUACGAGACCAACCGCAGCCCUUGGCUGAUCCUGCAGCCGCUGAAAAAGGAAAUGUUGCACCCGCGGCCUGAGCUGGCCUUGUAUCACGACUUCCUCAGCCCUUCCGAGGCGGAGAAGAUCAAAGCGCUGGCGGCUCCGGGCUUGCAGAGAUCUGUGGUGGCUUCAGGAGAAAAACAGGAACAAGCCGACUAUCGGAUCAGCCAGAGCGCUUGGCUGAAGGACAGCCUGGAUCCUGUGGUCGGGGCAUUGGGUCGAAGGGCUGCGGCCCUAACAGGCUUGAAUAGCCAGCACCCUUACGCAGAAUACCUCCAGGUGGUCAACUACGGGCUGGGAGGCCACUACGAGCCCCACUUCGACCAUGCGACGUCAAGGAAAAGCCCCCUGUAUCAGAUGAAAUCAGGAAACCGAAUAGCUACGUUGAUGGUCUACCUGAGUUCGGUAGAAGCUGGAGGAUCCACGGCCUUUAUUUAUGCAAACCUGAGUGUGCCGGUUAUCCAGAACGCUGCUCUCUUCUGGUGGAACCUGCGGAAGAACGGGCGAGGGGACGAGGCCACCCUGCAUGCCGGCUGCCCAGUCCUUGCGGGAGACAAGUGGGUGGCCAACAAGUGGUUCCACGAACAUGGCCAGGAGUUCCACAGGCGGUGCAGCACCCACCCAGAGGAAUAG